AUGGGCGUGUUUCAGCUUGCAAAGCCAGGGGCUCUGACCUCAGAGUUCAUUUUAAGGCAAGUUUAUGCUAAUUUUGACAUGUUUUUCUUGAACACAAGAGAGACUGCCCAUGCUAUUCGGAAGUUGCCUUUGGUCAAGGCUAAAAGGUACUUAGAGGAUGUUCUUAUCCACAAACAAGCCAUCCCAUUCACACGCUUCUGUCGUGGAGUUGGGCGCACUGCUCAGGCAAAGAAUCGCCAUUCAAAUGGACAAGGACGUUGGCCUGUUAAAUCGGCAAGAUUUAUUCUGGAUUUACUGAAGAACGCCGAGAGUAAUGCAGAAGUUAAGGGCUUGGAUGUGGAUUCGCUUUACAUAUCUCACAUCCAGGUUAACCAAGCACAAAAGCAGAGGCGUCGCACAUACCGUGCUCAUGGAAGAAUCAACCCUUACAUGUCAUCUCCCUGCCACAUCGAAUUGAUUUUAUCCGAAAAGGAAGAAGCUGUCCCGAAAGAGCCUGAUACUCAGUUGGCUCCUAGGAAGGCCAAUAAGAAUCAAGCUCUACGUAGUGGAGCUUCUUCUUGA